AUGGGAUGUAACACGGCAACAACACCACCAGAGGCGACAACGGAAAGCACGUCAGAAACAACGUCGGAAAGUACAACUGUAACUCUGCCAGCAACAACGUCAGAAGGCUCAACAGGAGCCGUCUCGCCAACAGCGUCAAGGCUUUCAACAAUGGGCACGUCAGAAGGCACCAAAGCGACGACAACAACCAUGGUGCCGACAGCAACGAAAAGCAUAACAACGAAGCCAACUAGUGCGACAAUGAUGACAAGUGCAACAACGCCUGCAGCAAAUACCACAACAGCCACAUCUGGCACGACGGAAAGAACACACCACACAAGCAUCAACAACAACCGUGGUGCCGACAGGUAUAACUACAGCGACAACUGUAACGACAGAAGGUGCCACAGCAACUACAACACCAGCUACGGCAGGAGCUACCCCAGAGACACCGUCUGUGUCUGUCACAUCGACGACGGCUAG